AUGACGGUUUCUGUCAUCAACACGCUUGCCGAGACAGCGCUAUCUUCGCUUGUCGAGCAAGACCAUGAAGUUGUGGAUUUCGAAGAUGCCCAGUCGAUCUCUGGGCGAAACAUAGAUCCAGAUAUGUUGACGAUGCUUCUGAGAGUCAAGUUCGGCGCUGGAGCCUACGAUAUCCAUGUGAAUAAUGCAGAACUCAUACUGUAUCAUCGCUCCGCGAAGAUUGUCAAGCGGGGAAAUAGCGAAAUGUCGAAAAAGAUAGAUCGAUCCUAG